CAUAGUGCAAAGGCCUUGGAUUCAAUCCCCACUACUGAAAAAAAGAAAAAAGGUAUAAAAGGUAAGAAAAAGAAUGAAACUAUUUGCAUAGAAAUCCCAAGAGAGUAAGUCUUCAACAAGAUUGUGAAUAUAAGAUCAACCUAUAAGCACAAAUAUUUUGUACAAUGGAAGCUGAACAGAUAUCUUCUGCCUUGCGAGCCCUACAGUCUCUAAUUUAUCAACACUCAUGCUCUAGUAGGCAAAUAGCCAAAUACCUACAUAAAUAAAUAGGCGUGGCUGUGUUCCAAUAAAACUUUAUUGACAAAGGCAGGGGAAAUUUGGCCCCAUAUGCAGCAGUUUGCUGGCCCUUGCUCUCCACCCAUAACAAAGCUGGCAAAUACAUAUUAUAAAGAUACUGUUACAAUUUUAGAGAACAAUAAAACAAUUCACAUACUAUACAGUUCACCCAUUUAUACUAUACUAUUUAAUAGUUUUUAAUAUAUUCACAGAAUUGUGCAAUCAUCACCACUAUUAAGUUCAAUAACAUCAUCUCCCAAAAGUACCUCCCAAUGUAUUAGUAGCCACUCCCCACUUCUCCCCAACCUCCUCAGUCUCAAGCAAUCACUAAACUAUUUUGUGUCUCUACAGAAUUUUUCUGGACAUCUCAUACAAAUGAGCUCAUGAAAUAUGUGACACUUUGAGUAGUUUCUUUUCCUUAACAUUUCCAAAGUUCAUCCACAUUGUAGGCUAUAUCAGCACUUCAUUCCUUCUUACUGCUGAGUACUCCAUUAUAUGGAUAUACCAUGUUUUAUUCAUUUAUCAAUUGAUAUGAAUACAUGGGGUGUUUUCCCCACUGAUUUGGCUAUUAAGAAUGCUAUGAGCAUUCAUGUGUGUGCUUUUGUGUGGACAUGUGUUACCAUUUCUCUUGUGUGUAUACCUACAAGUGGAAUUACUGGGUUAUAUGGUAACUGUUUUAACUUGCUGAGGAAGUGUCACUGUUUUCCAGAAAGACAGUGCCAUGUUACAUUCCUACUAGUAGUAUAUGAGGAUUCCGGUCCCUCCAUACCUUCACCAUUUGUUGCUAUUUUUUAUUAACAGCCAUUUUAGUGGGUAUGAAGUAGUAUUUCAAAGUAGUUUGAAUUUGCCUUUCUCUAGUGACUAAGGAUGUUGAACAUCUUUUUAUGUGCUUCUUGCCCUUUGUGUAUCUUCUUUUAAGAAAUGUCUACUCGGGCUGGGGAUUUAGCUCAGUGGUUCCGCUGCCUGCCUUGCAAGCUCAAGGUCCCAAGUUUGAUCCCCAGUACCAAAAAAAAAAAAGAAAAGAAAAGAAAUGUCUACUCACAUCUUUUGCUUAUUUAAGUCAGUUGUCUUGUUCUUAUUAAAUUAUAAAAGUAGGUCAGGCAUAGUAGGGCAUGGUAGGGCAUGCCUGUAAUCCCAGCACUCUGAGAGGCUGUUCAAGCCUAGUCCCAGCAACUUAGUGAUUUAGGGACACCUUGUCUCAAAAUUAAAAAUAAAAUUUAAAAGAAAUGGGGAUGUAGUUCAGUGCAAAGAUCCUGGGUUCAAUUCUAAGUUCUGGGGGAAAAAAAUCACAUAUUCUAGAUAAAAGCCAUGCAGCAUACACAGGAUUUGCAAAUAUUUUCUCCCAUUUUGGAGUUGCUGCUACACUUUCUUUAUGGUAUCUUUUGAACCAAAAAGCUUUUAGUUUUGAUGAGUGUCUUUUGUGGCUUGUGUUUUUGAUGUUUUAUCUGAGAAGGCUUUGUAUAACCCAAGGUCAUAAAGAUGUACUCCUGAGUUUUCUUAUAAGAUCUUUCUAGUUUUUGCUCUUCCAUGUAGGUCUUUGAUACACUUUGAGUUAAUCUGUGUAUAGUGUGAAGAAAGAACUUCUUUCUUUUGCAUGCCAUUACCUAGUUGUUUCAAAAUCAUUUGAAGAGACCAAUCUUUUGCUCCAUUGAGGUAUUUUGGAACCCUUGGAAAAAGUCAAUUAACCAUAAAUGUGAGGUUUUUUUCAGGAUUCAGGAUACCACUCACACGCCUCUCUUUCUGCCAGUACCACAGUGUCUUGAUUUUUCUAACCUUAUAGUAUGAGUACUCCAACUCUGUCCUCCUUCAGCAUUGUUUUGGCUAUUCUGAGCUCCAUGAAUUUGAGGAUCAGCUUGUCAAUUUCUGCAAAGAAGCCAGCUGAGAUUCUGACAGAGAUUGCACUGGGUCUUUAGAUCUAUUUGGGGAACACUGUGUCUUAAUAGUAAGUCUUCCAACUUGAAUAUGGCAUAUCUGCCCAAGUUUUGCUCUUUUAUUAAAGUGUGUAAGUAUUCUUUUUGUUGCUAUUGUAAUUUUUUCCUUUUUGGGGGGGGAGGGGGGCUGCUGGAGAUCAAAUCCAUAGCCUUGUGCACGCAGGGCAAGUGCUCUAUCAUUGAGCCACACCCCCCGCCCUGGAUUUGUUAAUUUCAUUUGGUUAUUCAAUGUGAGUGAAUAGAAAUACAAUUGAUUUGUGUAUCUUGGUCAUGUAUCCUACAAUCUUGUAGGAUCUGGUUAUUCUAACAGUUUUUGUCAGCUGUGAAUAGAGAUGGUUUUACUUCUAAUGUAAUCCCCUCUAUUUCUUUUUCUUAUCUAAUUGCUUUGGCAAUUGAAGUUUCCUUCAAUACAGUCUGGCAAAGAAGUGGCAAGAACAGACAGCUUUGUCUGAUUCUGAAUUUCAGGAGGAAAGCAUUCCAUCUUUUACUAUUGGGGAUGGAUCCGGGGCCUUUGGCAUGUAAGGUGAGACGGCAGCCAGCUCCAUGCAUUCCUCCCGCUACCCAAGCCCAGCUGAGCUGGACGCCUAUGCCGAGAAGGUGGCCAACAGCCCGCUGUCCAUCAAGAUCUUCCCCACCAACAUCCGUGUGCCCCAGCACAAGCACCUCAGCCGCACCAUCAACGGCUAUGACACCAGUGGCCAGCGCUACAGCCCCUACCCGCAGCACGCCACUGGCUACCAGGGGCUGCUGGCCAUUGUCAAGGCCGCUGUCUCCUCCUCCAGCGCGGCCGCCCCCACCGGACCCACCAAAAGCGUCCUCAAGAGCGCCGAGGGCAAGCGGACCAAGCUGUCACCGGCCACCGUGCAGGUGGGCAUUGCGCCCUACCCAGCACCCAGCACCCUGGGGCCCUUGGCCUACCCCAAGCCACCUGAGGCACCUGCCCCGCCACCCAGCCUGCCUGCAGCCGCCACUGCCGCCUCCAUCAUCCCCCUGCCAGGCCGGGGCCUGCCCCUGCCGCCCUCUAACCUGCCUUCCAUCCACAGUAUCCUCUACCAGCUCAACCAGCAAUGCCAGGCCCCAGGUGCUGCACCCACUGCCUGCCAGGCCGUGGCUGUUCCCCAUCCCAGCCCCGCCAAGCAUGGCCCUGUGCCCAGCUUCCCCAGCAUGGCCUACUCAGCCACGGCUGGCCUGCCCAACUGCCGGAAGGGCACAGAGCUAGGUCCCGGAGCCACCACAGCCCUGACACUAGCUGGGGCCACCAAGCCCACUGGGUACACGGAGAGUGGCCUGGAUUACCUGCUGUGGCCCCAGAAGCCACCCCCACCGCCACCCCAGCCACUGCGCUCCUACAGCAGUGGCACAGUGGCCAGCAAGUCCCCAGAGGCCUGUGGCACCAGGGCCUACGAGCGGGCCAGCGGGUCACCCCUCAACUGCAGCGUGGGGCUGCCAGCCAGCUUCACUGUGGGCCAGUAUUUCGCUGCCCCCUGGAACAGCGUGCUGGUGACCCCCACCAGCGACUGCUACAACCCCACAGCGGCAGUGGCAGUGACUGAGCUGGGGCCGGGAGCCACCCGGGAGCUAGCGGGGCCUCCCGCGGACACCCUGGCAGGCCUGCCCAGCAAGAGCGUGUGCAACACGUCGGUCCUGAGCAGCAGCCUGCAGUCGCUGGAGUACCUCAUCAACGACAUCCGGCCACCCUGCAUCAAGGAGCAGAUGCUGGGCAAGGGUUAUGAGACUGUGGCAGUGCCACGGCUGCUUGACCACCAGCACGCCCACAUCCGCCUGCCCGUCUACAGAUAGGUCUGCCUGGCGCAUGCGCGGACAGAUGGCCGGGGCACCGGGUGGGAACAGGGGCCGCAGAGCGGGUGGGCGGCUCCCAGGGUGCCCCGCCCAGCCCUGUGCCCAUGGGAUGUCCACCGGGAACCCGGGGUGCCUGAGGAUGGAGGGGGCAGGGUGACCUCGAAUACUGAGGCCCCUCCCCCUUCGCUGCCCCAGGACACGGGGAGAGCCAGGGGAGGGCGGGGGGCACCUAUACCUUCCUCCAUCCGGGCUGGCAGAGGCAGGGAGAGAGAAACCACUUACACACAGGGAUGGUCCUUUCUGGGUCUCCACCAGAGGGGCCCAGGCCAGGGUGGGGGGUCAUGCACUGCAUCCCCCCCCCCACAAGCCCCUAGAAAAGGACCUGAUGGGGCCUAUAAGAACUCACUGGGCCCAAAAUAGACCCCCAUCAACCAAUCCAGGUGAAGAUCACUCUGACCUUAGAAUCCUAGACGCCCCAGGACUACUGGUCCCUGUUCCUCCUCCCUCAGAUUCUCCCCUCAACCAAUUGCUUCCUAACAGACCCAUCUUCCCGCCCCCAUUCUCUACAUCCUGGACCAACAUCUUCCCCUUUCUCUCCAACACAUUGUAUAGGGCUGCUGGGCACAGUUGUGCAGACUGUGCACUGCACAAAGGCACCUCGUCCGAGGUGACACCACUUGCAUUCUAGACUUGUAUAUUUAUUACAGUUUUCUGCAUCUUGAGGAAGGGCCACCAUUCUCCUCUUCGCACAAAGGCACCACAGGGGCUAACAAUGGGCCUGCAAACUUAAGAGCCCACUCAGAGGGACCCCACAUUGUCUUCAGCAGGAGAAGAAGGUGCGGGGUCCUCCUGAGAGCCAGUGAGGGGCAACCUGUUGGUUUUGAUUGGGAGAACCAUCCAACUUCUGUCCUGCAAACCACAGCCUCCCCACCAUCGUGGGGGGAGAGCCGGGGUCCCCCUAAGUCCUCAAGGCCUGAAGCCUCCCCACGUCCGGCCCCUUCCCCUGGCGCUCCAGAAGCGGUACUGUAUCUCUCUCCAAGGCCUGUUCAAGCACUAAGUGCAUUUACAAAUCUCUGAGAAUGUUUUUUUAUACUAAAAUUGACCAUUAUAUUCUACUGUGAGAAGUGCAGUCUGCACUAUAUUGUUUUAAAAACGAAGAGAAAGAAAAAAAGAGGAAAACACA